UCUCUUCCAUCAGGCCUGUGAGUGACAGCACAUGUGCUGGGGUUCAUUGGAGGCCUGCUGCUGAAAUUCUAACCCCUUUUACCCCACGACUGUGAGACAUACCCCAGCUAUGGACAGGGUGGAGCUGUUGGAGACAGAUGCUGGGAGAGGGAAGGAAGGACAGACUUGCAACGGUGGAAGGACAGAGAGGGAAAGACAGAGAACGGUUUGGAAAUUGACCUGUUUUGGCCAGUUGUUUUUUUUUUUUUGUGAAGUAAAGCCACAGAGGAGGCUAAGAUCUGGCUGUGGUCAGAGGUCUGUGUAGACUGAGGUUCUAAGACCUGGUUUUGAGGAUGGCUUUGUGGAGGUUGAUGAGCUGCUUGCUGAGUCUGCUGGUCUGUCAGGUCUGCAGCUCUGCUGAGUAUCGCCACAGUGAGGCACAGCAGGACCCUCACGCCCUUUACCUCUGGAGAAAUCGAGGAAAAGGGAUGAUAAGAGUCAAGAGAGACUGGAUCAUCCCCCCCAUCAGAGUUUCAGAGAACAGCAAAGUUGUUCCUGAAAACCUGGUCCAGAUCAAAUCAGACAAGAUCUUCUCAGGAGAGGUGAUCUACAAGCUAGAGGGACCAGGGGUGGACCAGGAGCCCAAAAACCUGUUUGAGAUUGAUGAUAAAACAGGAAUGAUCAGGAGCAAGAGGCCGCUGGACAGAGAGCAGCACCGCAGCUUUACGCUGAAGGCAUUUGCCCUGUCCCCCAGCGGAGAAAGACUGGAGAACCCCACAACCAUCGAGAUAGUGGUGCUGGAUCAGAACGACAACAAGCCCGUUUUCACCCAAAAGCAGUUUUUUGGGUCAGUCCAGGAGUUCUCUGUCCCAGGAACAUUGGUGAUGUCAGUCUCAGCCACAGAUGCAGAUGACCCGAUGACAGAAAACGCAGCGCUGGGCUUCUCCAUCGUCGGUCAGGAGAGCAUUCCUCCCAAUGCUGUAAACAAGACUAUGUUUGGUAUUAACAACCAAACAGGAGCUAUUUACACCAGAGAUGUGGGCCUGGACCGAGAGGUGGUGAAGGAGUUCAAGCUAAAGCUGCGGGUUGCUGAUAUGGGGGGCGACGGAUUAAUCAGUGAUGCUGUAGCCAUCAUCACCGUAUCGGAUAUCAACAACCAUGCACCCCAGUUCCACCCUACCUCAUACAACAUUGAGGCACUGGAGAACGUUUACAACGUGGAGAUUGGCCGAGUGAGCGUGACAGACAGAGACGACCCUGGAACAGGAAACUGGAAGGUCAAAUACACGGUGUCUCAUGACCCAUUUGGAAACUUUGCCAUCCAGACAGAUCCAGUCACCAACCAGGGAAUCCUGACUGUGGUGAAGCCCCUGGAUUAUGAAGUCAAAAGGGAGCACACCUUGAUUCUUACUGUGGAAAAUAUCAAUCCUCUGAGCAUCAAGGCGCCCAACUUACCUCUGAGCUCUGCCACUGUGUCAGUCACAGUUGUCAACGAGAAUGAGGCUCCGUAUUUUAAGGAGAACCCCAUACUGAUCCAGGUCCCCGAGAACGAGAAACCCGGAAAGCUGCUCAAAAGCAGCAUUGCCUCAGACCCAGACCAUUCUGAACUGAGAUUUGAAAUUAGCCAAGACCCCGAGGGGUGGCUGGACAUCAACCGAGAAACGGGAAACAUUUUCCUCAGAAGGUCCUUCAACAUGAGAUCCCCACAUGUCAAAAACAACAUUUACAGUGCAGUCAUCAAGGUUACAGAUGCCGGUGGUGCUUCAGCCUCUGCAGCAGUGAACAUCAUCCUGGAGGAAACCAAUGACUUCCCUCCCCAGCUCCUCCCUUUGAGCCGUUUCUUAUGCGCGGGUGGCAGCAGAAGGACUCCUGGUUUCUUACUAACUGCUGUGGAUGAAGAUCGUUCUCCACAUGCCGCUCCCUUCAUUUUUGUCAUUCCUGACUCUUCGUUGUCAAACUGGACUGUCACUAAAGUCAACGAUACUCAUGCCAUCCUCCGGCCCACUGUAGAGCUGGAAGCUGGAGAGUAUGCAGUCACAGUGUGGGUCACAGACUCCGGCAGCCCAUCUCAGAGCGCUUCAAGUCAAGUCAACGUCACCGCAUGUCUGUGUGACUCCUAUGGUGACUGUAGAUCUGAGGCAGGGGCUUUCUUAGGCUCCAGAGUGGGAAUCAGCUUCAUUGCUCUCAUUAUUAUCAUUGCAUCUGGUGUUCUUCUACUUGUGCUGCUAUUCCUGGCUGUGGCUAUAAAUGCCUGCGGGAGACGUCACCACAUAAAGAAAGGGUCGGGUCUGCUUGUCGGGGAAUCGGAGGACGACAUACGCGAUAACAUCCUCAACUACGACGAGCAGGGAGGCGGUGAGGAGGAUGAGAACGCCUUCAACAUUGACCUGCUGUGGAACCCCCGUGACGCGCCUCCCGCCCCGUGGUCCUUCUACCCGGGGUCUGGCCUUCCUCGAGGCAAGCAGCCCCUCAGGAAGGACGCCCCACACAACCUGCCCUCCCCCACUUACCCCCGGCGGCCUCCUGCAGAUCCCGCUGAUAUCGAGGACUACAUCAACGAAGGCUUGGAGGCUGCAGACAACGAUCCCAACGUGCCUCCAUACGACACAGCCCUGAUCUACGACUUCGAGGGAGAAGGCUCAGUGGCCGGCAGCCUCAGCUCCAUCGCUUCGGGCAGCUCGGACGGAGAUCAGGACUACGAUUACCUCAACGACUGGGGACCACGGUUUCAGAAACUAGCCAAUAUGUACGACCCACGUUAAAGCCAACAGAACAGGAUCUGUGGAGUUUAGGGCACACUUCAUGCUUGAGGUGAUUUUUUUUUUUUCUUUUCUGGACACAUUUGAAAGUUAUUUGAGUCCAACACAGGAUCCUAAGAAAAAGCGAAUGGGACUUGAAUCCAGUGUGCCUUAUUUGAGUUUAUUUGAACACAACCUACAAGGUGACUUAAUGCAGCAUUUUGUGAAGUGAGUCAUUCAAAGUUGUGCAUGCUGAAUGCAGAAUGUCUGUCCAUCUUCUUGCAGCUUACUAAUGAUGCACUAAAAAGGCAUGAAAUAUUUGGUUUUUUUUAUGUAUUUCUUCUUUUUUUAUAUAUACGUAAUUUUAUAAGAUGAGUCUUUUAAUAUUUUUGCUUUUGUGUUCAACAACAAACCCUCCAUUCCAGCAUUUGUUCAUCUUUAAGGGAGGUAGCUCUACAGACAGCAACAUGGAACAUUCAGAAAUAUCUUACCUGGAGGUAAUGAGUUGAAACGUUUUUCUUUUUUUUUUUUUAAUAAAUGUUGCCUAAAUUCAGAUUUUA